UGUCACGUGACAGCGGCAACCUCCAGUCCAAUGGAAUGAAUGGACUGGAAAUAGGAGCCAAUGGGGUGCGAGGGGUGGCUAUAAAAAGCUGGACGCGCUCUAAUCCGCCGCAGCAGAACCGGACCACUUUCCUUCACAGAGCAUCGCCGGAGCGGAACCGCAGCAGCAGUCCAGUCACCAUGCCGUUCGGAAACACGCACAACAAGCUGAAGAUGAACUACUCGGCCGAGCAGGAGUUCCCGGACCUGAGCCAGCACAACAACCACAUGGCCAAGGUCCUGACGCCCGAAAUGUACGCCCAACUGCGGGACAAGGAGACGCCCAGCGGCUUCACCUUGGACGACGUCAUCCAGACCGGCGUGGACAAUCCAGGUCAUCCCUUCAUCAUGACGGUGGGAUGCGUGGCGGGAGACGAGGAGACCUACGAGGUCUUCCGGGACCUGAUGGACCCCAUCAUCGAAGACCGCCACGGGGGCUACAAACCGGAUGACAAGCACAAAACCGACCUGGACCCGGAGAAUUUGCAGGGCGGAGACGAUCUGGAUCCCAACUACGUUCUGAGCUCUCGGGUCCGGACCGGCCGGAGCAUCCGCGGCUUCUGCUUGCCGCCUCACUGCAGCCGCGGAGAACGCCGCGCCAUCGAGGACCUCUCCAUCCAAAGUUUGGACGCCCUGGAAGGAGAUCUGAAAGGUCGCUACUACGCCCUGAAGAACAUGACAGAGGAGGAACAGCAGCAGCUGAUCGACGACCACUUCCUGUUCGACAAGCCCGUCUCGCCGCUGCUGCUGGCGUCCGGCAUGGCUCGCGAUUGGCCCGACGGUCGAGGGAUCUGGCACAACGACAACAAGACCUUCUUAGUCUGGGUCAAUGAGGAAGACCACCUGCGCGUCAUCAGCAUGCAGAAAGGCGGCAACAUGAGGGAGGUCUUCAACCGAUUCUGCACUGGACUCACCAAGAUCGAGUCCCUGUUUAAGGAGCGGGGACAUGAGUUUAUGUGGAACGAGCACCUGGGCUACGUCCUCACCUGCCCCUCCAACCUGGGGACCGGCCUGCGCGCCGGCGUCCACGUCAAACUUCCCAACCUCAGCAAGCACGAGCUCUUUGGGGAAGUCCUCAAACGUCUCAGGCUGCAGAAGAGAGGCACAGGGGGCGUGGACACAGCCGCGGUUGGCGGCGUCUUCGACAUCUCCAACGCCGACCGCCUAGGCUUCUCCGAAGUGGAGCUGGUCCAGAUGGUGGUCGACGGCGUCAACCUUCUGGUGGACAUGGAGAAGCGCCUGGAGUCCGGCGACGCCAUCGACGACCUGAUGCCCGAGCAGAAGUGAAGCGUCCGUCCGACGGCCCCCGCGUAAUCUCUCGCACCCGUAACUGCGCCGCCCGCCCGCCCGCCCGCCCCUCGAAGCCUCCACGCCCUCACUAUAAGCAGAAGCUGUCUUACGGGAUGUUAGCGAGCCACGUAGAUGUCCGACACCUCCUGGGUUUUCUAGUUCCUUGUUUGGAGCGGCUGAAACAUCCCAUAAUAUGAAUAUUAACGAUGAUAAUAAAGUCUGUGAAACACCUCCAAGUCUUUAUUACAUAAUUUGCUUACUUACACCUCAAUCCAUAAUACUAAAUGUCUUCAACUGCAAGAUCAUUUAAAUAAAUACACUGCAA